AAAGGUUCGAGUUCAAUAUCUCCAGUGUCAGCUUAACGCGUGUCGAGGGAAGGUGAAGAAAGAUCGCUGAUAAUCAGAGGGUUUGCCUUCGGCAAUCAAGGCGAGUGCAGUUUGAGCUCAGAAUAAUCGUUAACACACCCAGUGUUUACGUGUGUAGCAUGUUCUGACUCAUUGUGCUAUCAAACAAUGGCGAACGAAACAAGAAUGAAAUGCAGCCAGGAGACCACCACUCGAAUCGGACAUAGGCGCGACAAAGAUCUGGCAGUCUUCCAAGACUGGAAUCAUGGGACACUACUUUGUGCUAACUGCAGUCAACACCAUCAUACUAGAUUCAAAGAGUAUCCCUUCUAUACUCACAACACCAAACUAAAGAUGUUACAAGGAAGAACAGGGCUGGUUAUACUACUGAAACAUGAAGUGCUACAUUGGAACUUGUUUGAUCUUGUCUGCUGUCCUUAUUAUUGGGUCAGCGCUGAAAUGCUACAAAUGUGAUGGAAGCUGUACGAUUGUGGACUGUGAAGGCAGUUGUAUGAAUAUUACCACAACGCAAGGCAAUAAUUUGUUGACCCAGCAGAGAGAUUGUUGGCCAACAAAAGAAGAGAAUAAAUGUUCGAAAAGCGAAAUUCGUGGAAUUUUUAUGCAUACUUGUUAUUGCAAUACUAACGAAUGCAAUGCUGGUUCUGCUGCAAGUUUGUUUAAAUUACUGCUUGUUGUGCCUUUCAUUAUUCAGAGUGUUUUAUUUUUAUAGUAGUCAAGAGGUUAAAUCUGUGUUGUGAGCCUACAACCCCUGGUAACUACUGGAUAUGUUUGCACAUUCAUUGGGAGCAAGCAAUACUAUUUGAAGAUUAUGUUAACAAUAAACGCCGGUCUUUCAAAUCCUGAAACAUUUAUUAAUUGUAAAAUAAAUUGCUUCAUGUUUAUUCUAAGCUUAUGUGCCAAUUCUUAUAUUCUUAUAUUGUUUUUAUAGUUGCUUCUCAUCAACUUCCACAUCCUUUAAAUUUAUUCUUUCAAGCCUUAUUUCUCCCAAUUACAUUUUCAUUUCUAUCUUCUUUGAGGGUUUUAUGCCUUAAAAACAUCACACUACCAUUCAUUCACUAGGCUUUACUGAGUUGUAUAGUUGGCGAAUGACCAAUUGGCGUAGUUUCAUAAUUCAUUGUUCGUUAGGGAAAUAUUGCCAUAUGUAGGUGCCAGAUUAUUUACUUUUCAAUAAAUAUUUCGUUUCAAAGAUGUUUCACUUGAAAUAAAUUAGAAUUUAGUAGAUUUAUUUAACAUAUCAAAGAUAACUAUUCUGCAAAGUAAGGAAAAUAUACACCGACGGGUCCACGAAUUCUAAUUUUAUUCUCACGUAAAGCAACGUGGCAGCAAUGGCAUGUGGCAACGCUUUGCUCCCGCUAAAGUUUUGACCCAAUGUAUCGGCUCAGCAUUGGGGUUGCCGUCAGUUCAUCACCUAUAGCCGAUACAUAAUACAUUAAGCCUUUUAAUAUUCUUUAAUAGCAAAGGGCAAUUCAACUAAUUUUGUCCUUGAUCAAAAAAAUAAUUUGCAUGAUAUUUUGUAGGCCUAAACUUGACCUCAGAUUUUAACACCAGUUGUGGUAAAAUUAUAAUCUUCAUUGCUCCAAAUGGUCCAUUGAACAUAAUUUUCUUUAAGAUGGCAACAAAGGUAUGAAUUGUUGGCACUGGAAAUUAAUUACAAAAUAAGAAAUCAA